AUGGGUUUCGUUCACGCCAACCCCGGGAUCAAAAUAAGCACACGUCGUAUUUUUCUCUCUCUCUCUCUCUCUCUCUCUCGACUCUCUUCUUCUCUCUCUCUCUCUCAUUUUUUCCUUUUCUCUCUCUCUCUCAGAUUAACCUCAUUUCUCUUCUUUGUAUCUAUCUAUCUAUCUAUCUAUAUAUCUAUCUAUCUAUCUAUCUAUCUAUCUAUCUAUCUAUCUAUUAUAUUCGGUUCAUUAUGUAUGUAUGUAUGUAUCUAUCUAUCUAUCUAUCUAUCUAUCGGUUCUAUCUAUCUAUCUAUCUAUCUAUUCAUUAUCUAUCUAUCUAUCUAUCUAUCUAUUAUAUUCGGUUCAGUAUGUAUGUAUGUAUGUAUGUAUGUAUCUAUCUAUCUAUCUAUCUAUCUAUCUAUCUAUCUAUCUAUCUCAUUCGGUUCAUUAUCUAUCUAUCUAUCUAUCUAUCUAUUAUAUUCGGUUCAUGUAUGUAUGUAUGUAUGUAUGUAUGUAUGUAUGUAUGUAUGUAUGUAUCCAUCCCAUUCGGUUCAUUAUCUAUCUAUCUAUCUAUCUAUCUAUCUAUCUAUCUAUCUAUCUAUCUAUCUAUCUAUCUCAUUCGGUUCAUUAUCUAUCUAUCUAUCUAUCUAUCUAUCUAUCUAUCUAUCUAUCUAUCUCAUUCGGUUCAUUAUCUAUCUAUCUAUCUAUCUAUCUAUCUAUCUAUCUAUCUAUGCAAACAGCUCACCAUUAAAUCUAUUUUCCUCUAAUUCCGUUUCUCACUUACCCUCUUUUUCUUUUUUCCCUCUUGCAUUUUAUGAGAUUUUUAUUAUUCCUCACUCUCGUUCUCUCUUUUCUUCUUUCAUCAAAGUUUUCCAUUUUCUCGUCUCUGUUUUCCCCAAUUCUUUUCCAUUGGGCAUUUCAUUUCUCUUCCACUUUUCUUUGUCUUUUUCUUUUUUUUAUUUUAAUUCUUUCUCUAACUUUUCUCGUUUUCUCCUUCCUUGUCUUUUAUUUUUAUCGCUGUUUCUCACAAUAUCUCUUCAGUUUAAAACACUUUCUCUUUCCCAUUUACUUCCGGUAUUUUUUUUUUGCAUAUUCAUUUCUCUAUCCCUCUUUUUUAUUCGGUCUUUCUUUAUCUCUCUUUAUCUGCUUCUUACUCUCAAAUUCUUUUCUUUUUACCCUCUCUCACACUCUAGCUUUUCUCUCACAUUAUCCAUCACUUUUAAUUUUUCUUCUCUUCUUAUUUGCCGGAUUUCUUUACUUUUUAUCUACUUUUCCAUAUCCGUUCUUUAUUUCUUUGUUCUUCAUUUUCUUUUCUACAUUUUUUUCUUUCUCGAUUUUUCUUUGCUCGAUUUUUCUUUCUUCAUUUAUUUCUAUUAUUCAUUUAAUUGCAAUUCUUUUUGUUUCUUUUUUUCUGUCUCUGGCGUCACUAUAAAUUGUUCCCUCCAUUUUACUUUUAUUAGUAUUUCUCAUAUAUUUACCCGUUUCUUUCCUUUAUGUUCUCUUACAUACUUCUCUGAUUUUAUGAUUCUCUUUCAUUUUUCCAUUUCUUUCCGUUUUUCCCAAUUCGAUCCUUUACGCAUUGCCUGUUCUUUUCUUUAG